UGGAAAGCGGCGGGUGUUGACGUUCUCCGGGCUGCUCCUUGGACGGAGACGCGUGGAGCGCAGUGCGUUUUGCGCGGACGGGCCGCUCUCGCUUGCGUUCGCUUUGGGCAGUGAGCGGCUCGUAGCGCCGCCCCUCCUGGGCACGGGCCCGAGGGCAUCCCAACGGGCAUGGAUUGCAAGCUGGAGGCGCAGCGCAUCGUCAGCAUCUCGCUGGGCAAGAUGUACGGCGCGCGGGGCCAGCGCGGCGGCGUCAAGCUGCACAGGAACCUCCUGGUGUCGCUCGUCUUGCGCAGCGCCCGGCAGGUCUACCUGAGCGAGUUGGAUGGCGCGCAGACGGCGCCUUUCCCGGCUGCUGCUCCGGGGCCGAUGGCGCCUGGUGCGGAUCCACUCCGAGUAGUAGGAGGACCUUCCAGGCUGCCUGUCUUUCCUCCAUCGCCUCCGUUUUUCCUGCAGCCGGCGGCUCUGCCUUCGGAGCGCAGGGCUCCCCCGUCGCCGGAUUGGGAAGCUAAUCGGCUGGCGCGGCGCUGCUGCUGCGGCGGCGGCUGUACCGGUAGCUGCUCUUCGACGGGUGAUGCCGGCAAGCGGCCGGCCGAGGCUCCCUCUCCGCCCUGCUGCCUGGGGAAGCGGGGCGCCGCUGCGCAACGAGGCGAGGGAGCGCCGUCGGGGAGCUCCCCGCUGAAGAAGCCGCGGAGGGAGCGGGAGCCGCUGAACCCGAAGCACCACGACAGCGGCGGCGACCUGGAGACGGGCAACGUAGCCAGCCUCAUCAGCAUCUUCGGGUCAAGCUUCUCGGGACUGCUCGGCAAAAAACACUCGGGCGCCGGGCGGCGCCGGCGGAGGGAAGCCGAGGAAACCGACGGCAAGGACGAGGAAUCGGCCGGAGCAGCAGCGGACGCCGAGCCGGGGCCGAUCUGCUGCGAGGAGUCCGUGCUGCGCAACCUCAACCCUUGGAGCACGGCCAUCGUGGCUUUCUGAAUUUGCCCAUCCAUCCCCCGGUUGCAUAUUAUUGGGACCACACGGGGUGUGUGGGGGGAAGAGGGGUGGCUGCACGUUGAUCCAGGUUUGCUUCGGAUUUCAAGCGGCCCGGCUGCUCGCGACAAGAGGCUCCCUCCAUGCGCCGCCCGUUCUUUUCCCGCGGAGGGAUGCGGGAGCGACUGGACCAGGGCAGGAUGCGGAGUUUAAAACUUCGGGCGGGGUGGGCUGGAGGGAUGGUUUCUUCUCCGUCCCCCCCGGCUGUGAUUUUGCAGUCUGCGUGGAAGCAGCUCAGCGUUUUUCUUCCCUCCCUCCCUCCCCUCCUUCCUUCCCUCCAUCCUCUGGUCGAAGCGGUUCUGAAGGUCAUACCCUUGCCUUGUUCUCGUGCCGCACACAUGUUCUCCCGAGCAACCCUUGGAAAGUUUGCUGUAAGAUUAGGGUUUUUUUUGGGGGGGGGGGUAAGCCCCUAAAGCACAAGGCUUGAAGGGCUGAGAAGGUGUGUUGGAACUGUGUUUGCAGAUCUCUUGAGCGACACUUCUCUGGGGCGAUUACUCCCAGGCUCCUUUGUUUUAUAAAGGUUCUUGGGAGAGAGGACCUCCGAGGACACGUUCUACAAUAUUCUUCCUCCGGUUGAUGUGUUUUUGUAUGGCAGUUGUAAACUUCUGGCGUGUGCAACACGCAUUAAAUAUUUUGACAUUGUUUAAGCUGCCCUUGUGUUUCUGCCGUCUCUGGGCUGGGGAGGGCGUGGGUGCUACUUUCUCUUCCCCCUUCAAAUGGUUGAUCCCUUCUUGAACCGCCCUGAGACCUCCAGGUAUAGGGCAGUAUAUAAGUUCAAUAAAUAAUAAUGAUGAUAAUAAUAAAUAAUUUAGCAGCAAAGGCACCGGGGAAGGUGUGGAUAAGCAGCAGGCAUAGCACUGAUCUGGGUUAUAGCAACUAGGGAUAUAGAGGGGAAAAACAGGUUGGAGGCAAAGGAAGCAAAUGUCCUUCCUUUGGCUGAGUUAUGUGGGGUUUGUCUCAAAACAUCCUCUUGAUUGAUGCCAUAAGCCACAUCUCUCUCGGACCUGGUUGUGGUUGGUUAUAAAAACUCUUGCUGCUCAUGAGCUAUCCAGUUUGCGCAUGUUUGCUUACAUGUCUCUCAAAACUCAGUGGGAUUUGCUCCCAAGUAAGCCAGCAUUUGGCACUGUCUGCAGACAGCGGCACUGCACAAACGACGCAGGCUACAAGCAUAAGAGGUGAAAAUAAGAAACACUGGCAUUUCUGCUGGGAAGGAGUCAUUCAAAGCUGAGACGCGUUCACAGUGCUUGAAAAAGAGUGAUGCUAUCCUGUGAUGGCCGUUUGAAGGUCGGCGGUUUGA